GCGAAGAUUUGCAGAUGGCGGUCGCAGAGAGGAAACGGGUGUUUUAGUGAGACCGACUCCUCAGACGGGUUGGACCGGACACUCUCGGUGAACCGUCCUGGGGCUGUACCAUAAAAGCCGCUUCAGACGGUUCAGCCUGAGGUGAUCCUUCACGGACACCUGCUUAACCGGAACGGGUCUAGCUAGCCCCGCCCCUCCGGCGGCAGCAGUGACCCGUGCCGUAACUGCUGUAGCCCGGGUUAGCCCGGGUUAGCUGUGACCGUGUGAGGAUGUCGGAGAGCGGCGGGUUCCGGUGGACCGUGGUGGUGCUGACGUGCCAGCAUAAAGACAGCGUGUACGCGUUCCAGAGAGAGCUGGAGCUGAGGCAGCAGCGGGGUGUCCUCUCUGCAGGUGCAUUGGUUUUGACCGUCAGGGACCGCCAGGAGCCGCUGGGCAGCGGCGGGGCAACGCUGAACGCUCUGCUGGUGGCCGCAGAGCACCUGAGCAGCAGAGCCGGGCACACAGUGGUGACCGCUGACGUCUUGGAUGACGCUUACAUCCUCAUCCUCCACACGGGUCGGGACUUUCCCUGGAGCUCCUGCAGCCGAGCGUUCUGCUGGCUGCCCGAAGAGAAGCCCGAUCAGAAGGUCCAGGCUCCGGUCUGCUGUCUGGAUCUGCUGCUGGACUGCCUCAACAACCAGAUCUGUCCCGGUUCUCCUCCCGGUGUUUGGGUCUGCAGCACCGACAUGAUCCUCGCCGUCCCUCCUGACUUUGGUUUGUCCUGGGACGGAUUCUCAGGUGUUCGGGUUUUGGCGUUACCUGGUGACAUCAUCUAUGCAGCCAAUCAUGGUGUCUACCUGUCCGACUCACAGGGACGAGUCAGAGACAUCAUCUAUCGAGGAACCAAAGAGCAGCUCCAGCGCGCUGCAAUGCCUGAUGGGAAAGUGCCACUGGUGUCGGGUCCGGUCUUCUUCAGCAGGUCUGUGUCUGAGAAGUUACUGCAGACUCACGUGACGCCGCCUCUGGACGGCUGCACUUACCUGGGGCUGGACUCUGGAGCUCCGCCCCUCCAGGUCUCUCUCUUCCUGGACGUGUUAAAGUGUCUCUGCUCGGAUCUGACUCGGGAUCAGUUUGUGAGCGAGGAGCGAGCGGGCUGCAGUUCAGCGGUCGGGCCACGGGGGACGGCGGUGAGGAGCGGCAGGGCAGAGCUGUGGAGGAUCCUGAGAGGAGCUCCGCUCAGUCUGGUGUACGUCCCCGGCGGUCGCUAUGACUACCUGACUCUGUCUGGGAAGGCGCAUGUCGACCGACUGAGCCGCGAUUGGACGGGGAGAAACACUCUCUCACAUAUCCAGAACAAGGACGUGUUGAGUGAAGGAGGUCGGGUGAUCAAUAGCGUUUUGGAGGGAGCCGUUGCUGUGGCUGCAGGAGCAGUGGUGCAACACUGCCACCUACAGGGUCCUCUGGACGUCCCGCCAGGCUGUCUGCUGUCGGGUCUCGAGCUGUCGACCUCACAGAGUGUCCGGUGCCUGCCGCUCAGCAGUGACAUCAUCAUCCAGGGACACCGGAUUGAGCUAGGGGAGCUGCAGCUGGACGUCUACACAGUGAUGGGAGCGCACGAUGACUUGGAGAUCUCCUCUGACGACAGCAAUGCUUCCUUCCUCAACCAGACCUGGAGCGACUUCUACAGCAGAACGGGAAUACAGCCGGAGGAGCUGUGGGUUCGAGGAGAACGGAGCUCCCUCCUGGAGGCUCACCUCUUCCCAGUCCUCCACCCCAGAGGAGGCGCUGUGGGUCUGGAGGGAGGUGUGGCCUGGCUGCUGGGCGGGCCUGGCUGCCUGGGAGGGUGGAGGGAGACUUGGCGGCUUUCUCUGAAGGAGGUGCUGUUGCUCACCCACCAGGAGACGGAGCUACAGCGAAGGGAGGAGCUGCUGUUCCUGGCAGGAAGGCGGCGUGUGACCGACGCUCUGAGGGGGCGCUCGGACGUCUGCCUGCUGCCUUGCUUCAGGGCCGCUGUGCUAGGAGGCCAGCAGGGGGCGCUGCUGGAAGCUCUGGACAGCAUCGCAGCAGGGAGCAAUGAGCAGGGGGCGGAGCUCAGAACAGAUCUGGGUGUGGCUGCCCGCUGUCUCUCCUGCACUGCAGACGUAUUGGUGUGCAUGGCUGGGGGGCAGGGAGGUCUGAGGAGCGGGCCAGCAGCUAACGAAGCCUGGAGCUCCGCCUACGCCAUGUUGGAGGAGGGUGACCUGAAGGGCGGAGUCCACGCACUCACUGUGCAGCGGCAGCACUGGCUCAGCAGGCCUGACCUGCUGGUGCGGGCGGCGCGGCACUACGAAGGCGCCGGACAGGUGCUGUUACGGAAGGCUGUGAUGUCAUCUCAGAGAUUCAUCUCCAUUGAACAGGGUGAAGUCCAGCCCCUUGGACAGUGGCAGGAAGUAGAGUGUCCAGCUAGGCUAGACUUAGCAGGCGGCUGGAGCGACACUCCACCAAUUGCAUUCGAGCACGGGGGCUCCGUCACAAACGUCGCGGUGAAGGUCGACGGGAAGCGUCCUAUUGGUGCCAGAGCCCGUCGCAUCUCCGAGCCCCGCCUCCUCCUGGUCAGCUACACUGGAGCGCGGAGCAGUGGGAUUUCCACGGAGACGGCGUGUGACAGCCUGGAUGACCUGAAGGAUUACUGUCAGCCUCACGCUCCCGGAGCGCUGCUGAAGGCAGUGUGUGUGUGUAGCGGGCUGGUGUCCCUGACCUCCCAGCAUCCUCUGGGGCAUCAGCUGAUGGAGCGGUGGGGAGGAGGGGUGGAGCUCCACAGCUGGUCAGAGCUGCCGACGGGAUCAGGAUUGGGUACCAGCAGCAUCCUGGCGGGGGCGCUGUUGGCCGCGGUGUACAGGUGCACCAGCCGGACCUAUGACACGGACUCCCUGAUCCAUGCCGUUUUGUACCUGGAGCAGAUUCUCACCACAGGUGGAGGCUGGCAGGAUCAAGUGGGCGGUCUGGUGGGCGGAGUAAAGGUGGGUCGAUCCAGAGCAUCCCUUCCCCUGCAGGUGGAGGUUGAGCGUCUCAGUCUUCCUGAGGAGUUCGUGCUCGCUCUGGAGCAGCACCUCCUGCUGGUCUACACCGGGAAGACCCGGCUGGCCCGAAAUCUGCUCCAGGAUGUGGUCCGCAGCUGGUACAGCCGCCUGCCGUCGAUGGUGCAGAACGCCCAGCAGCUGGUGUGUAAUUCAGAGGAGUGUGCUCGGGCCUGCGUGGACGGUUCUCUGUCCAGGCUGGCGGAGUGUCUGGACCGCUCAUGGCAGCAGAAGAAGCUUAUGGCCCCGGGCUGCGAGCCGGCGUCAGUGCGAGCUAUGAUGGAGGCCCUGAGGCCACUGGUGCUGGGCCAGAGUCUGGCUGGGGCCGGAGGCGGCGGCUUCCUUUACCUGCUGACUCGAAAGCCCCGACAGCAGGAGGUGGUGCUGCAGGUCCUCAACAACACGCCGGGCCUGGGAGACUUCAGUGUCCACUCUGUGGAGCUGGACAGGGACGGACUGACAUUCCUGGCGUCGUUAACCUGAGAACACUGAUUGUACCUCGGCUUCAAUCACAAAAAUGAACGAACAUUGAUGACAAAGAUGAUUCUGACAAACAGAGGAGCUGUGUUUAAACAUUAUACAAUUGGUGUUCUGGUUUUGUAGGAAUCUGAUUUUAUUAAUCAAACUGAUUUCUCAGGAGCAUUGAUCUGUAACUCAACAGAAUAAAUAAAGCCCAGUUUUGGACGUUUGAGUCCGUGCCCACAAACUCA